AUUGUUUGCCAUCCAGUUUAUUAUAUAUAUAUAGGUACCCUCAAGUUUUUUUACCAGAUAUGUCAUAUGUUAAUGUUUAUUGCUUGUGCUCAUCCUUUAAAAUAAGCUUAUGCCGACUAUUUGAGACUGGAUCCUUGGAUUGGAACCAACAUGUCUGCUAUUAUUUCAGGUGUCAUGAUUAUCGGUAAAAUUACAAGUGGUCUGAUUAGUGACUAUGUAGGAAUAGCCAACAUGACAUUUAUCGCCACUACACUCACUGAUGUGAUGUGUUUAGCUGUCUGGCUCACAGUAACGAAUCCAGCUAGUACCUGGGCAUUUGCAGCCAUGUUUGGUUAUUUUGGUGGUGUCUUGAUGGUAUUUGUUGGAUUACUUGCUUGGGCAGUCAGAGUGAUGAGAGUUGGCUGGAAGCCAUGGAUUGUAGCUUAAAGUUGUGAUUGUAUAUAUAUAAAAGA